AUGCUCAACCACGAAUUUGCAUCAUCGGAGCGUGCCACUCGCCUGGCGCUGAUUGCAGAAUACAACACCUCCAUGGCGACUUACAUCCCCAACAACAUCGCCUGGGCCGCUGCCGACAACCGCGCCUGCACGAUCCUCCUCGGUGCACUCCCCGACGCCCUCAUGCGCUGCUUCCAAUCUCUCGACUACGUGGGGCGCAUGCAGGAGGUAGACGAUCGCCUUGCCGCUCGCAAGGCUGCCCUUUCCGAGCCCCUGCAGAUCCACCGCCUGCUCUUCAACCUCACGUCGGACUACGAGUCCCGCCUGCACGCCUUCACCGAGGCAAACCCCUUGGCUGGCCUCACCGAGGUGACUCAGUGGAUCAUUGACACGGAGGUCAAGCUCCGCACCCCCAUUGUCAACCUCACCACCACUCCUUCCUCCUCCACCUCCCUCAAUGCCACGCAGCCCCGCAACCAGGGUGGUCGCAACGGCGGCGGAGGAGGUCGUGGAGGGGGGGGGGCGGUGGUGGUGGUGGUCGGGGUGGUGGCGGUGGUGGCCGCAGUGGCCGUGGUGGUGGUGGUGGUGGUGGUCCUGGUGGUACCACUCCUGGAGGUUCCUCUGGUGCCAGUGGAGCUGUGA